GCGGAGACCCUGCUGGCGGCCAGAAGCGGCCGCUGCUCUCCUAGUCCACACACCACAGCGCCUCCGGGAUGAAUCGGCUGGGCGCCGCGAUGCUGCUGUUGGCAGCCCUGACGGCGGGUGUGGGCGCGGCCGGGAAGAUGCGCAUCCUCAACGCCUGGCGGACGCUCGACUUCACCUUCCCGUCGGAGCUCAUUCGCCAGGCCAUGAUACGCAACGGCUCCUACGUGCCGGGGAAUUCCAUCCCUAUUGACGUGCAGCCUUGGCAGAGCGAGCGCGGCCUGUGGAGCAUGCUGGUGACGAUCCCACGCUUCAAGAAGGGCGUGCCCGCCACGCUGGCCGUGGUGCCGCCCAAGGGGGACACCGGCACGCCGCUGCUGCCCUUCCCGGACUGGCGCUCCAACCUGCAGGGCAACUGCGACGGCUUCACCUCCGUCUUCAGGGUGCAGGUUGACUCUUGCGGCCGGUUAUGGAUUCUGGACACUGGCUUCGUCGACAUUUUGACGAGCGACUUCAGGCGGAUAUGUCCGACCAAGGUGGUGGUGUUCAACAACCGCGGCGAGAAGACGCUGAGCUACGAGUACCCCCACGACGUGCUGACGGCCUCGUCGCUGCUGGUCACCAUCGCCGUGGAGUCGCGCGACGCGGCGUGCACCACCAACUUCGCGUACGCCGCCGACGUGACGGGCUUCGGGCUGGUCGUGCUGGACGAGCAGCGGCGCCGGUCGUGGCGCGUCACGGCCAACUACUUCUACCCGUACCCGCAGUGGGGCCACUUCGACCUCAACGGCGACUCGUUCGACCUGAUGGACGGCGUGCUGGGGCUGGCGCUGGGGCCGCCCGAGGCGGACGGCGACCGCCGCCUCUACUUCCACAGCAUGGCCUCCGACCGCGAGUCGGCCGUGGCCACGUCCGUGCUGCGCAACCACUCGCUCUUCGAGGACGGCGUCAACCACGCCAGCAGCGAGUUCCUCCUGCUGGGCGAGCCGCGGCCCGGACAGACGGCGGCCGAGGCGAUGGACGUGGACGGCGUCAUGUUCUUCAGCGUGCUACCGCGCAACACGCUCAGCUGCUGGAACUCGCGCUCCAGCUACGGUGGCCGGAACAUCGUCGAGCUGGACCGCGACGAAGUCAACCUGCAGUUCGCCAGCGGCGUCAAGGUCAUCCAGGACAGCAAGGGCCGCAGCCACCUAUGGGUGCUCACCUGCCGCUUCCAGAAGCACAUGACGGGCACCAUCGACAACUCGGAGAUCAACUACAGGAUCCUGGCGUCGCCGGUGGACGACCUGGUGCGCGGGACGAGCUGCGCGGUGCAGCGCCAGCAGGCUGCGCGGCCCCAGCAGCAACAGUCGCAGCAGCGGCCGUCGUACGGCGGCGGCCCCAGCGGCGGCUACUACGGUAGUGGAGGCCUGCUCUUCCAGUAGCGGGCAGCGCGCCAGCUGGCUACUCGUACAAACACUGACCGCCAUCCCCUCUGGCUGCGGCGCGACACGCGUACUCGCUGCGCCCACGGUGUCAGCCACAGGCGCUACCCGGUGAUUUCACUCACAGAAACCACGGCCUCAGCCCCGCAGAGUUGAAGCUGACGCAAGGACUUUCCGUGAAAGUUCGAAGCUCCACCUUCUCAUUUCACCCCUUCAUUUACACAAAACCGCUACAUUUUCAGUGUGUAAGUUCAAGAAGGACCGGCGUUAACAACUCGACUGUCUGCCUUCUUCUAAAAACAGGGCAACAUUCAGAAUGAGAUUGCCCUAACACAGAGCGUAAAAGACGAAAGCAUCCCUAGAAUUUCACUUCAAAUCAGAACAUCGAUUUAUACCCUGUUUACUCUGUACCCAACUUGGAAGGAAUGUCUACCGACAACCUUUUAGUGGUGUUUUCAGGGCUGUAUGCUGACUGUUUUGAUACGAGAAGUCUAGCUUUCCUAAUCUUAUUUUAGCCUCUCUUUUCCCGAGGGUAUUUGUGAGACAGUAUUCAGUCCAACGGCAUGACGCACAGAAGAACUUCUCAUAUCAUGUAUCUAGAUGCCACACGGUGAAGAGUCGGUGAUGUGCAGUAUCUCAUCGCCACAAUAUGCAUCACUGCCCAGGGUAACUCCUAAACAUCUUCUCGGUGUCUCAUGAACUGAGAGCACAUCACGCUACUGAUGGUGUAACUUCACAGAAUGAGGAUGUUCACUACAGAUCAGUACAUCGAUUUAUAACACACUAUUUACUCAGUACCAACGUGGAAGGAAUGUCUACCGACAAACUAUUAGUGGUGUUUUCAGGGCUGUGUGCUGACUGUUUUGAUACGAGAAGUCUAGCUUUUCUAAUCUUAUUUUAGCCUCUCUCUUUCCGAGGGUAUUUGUGAGACAGUAUUCAGUUCAGCGGCACGACGGACAGAAGAACUUUUCAUAUCAUGUAUCUGGAUGGCAGACGGUGAAGAGUACGUGUUAUACAGUUUCUCAUCACCACGAUAUGCAUUACUGGCCACGGUAAAUCCUAAACGUCUCCUCGUUGUCUCAUGAAAUGAGAGCACAUCACGCUACUGAUGAUGUAACUAAAAACAGGGCAACAUUCAAAAUGAGAUUUCCCUAACCGAGAGAGUAAAAGACAACAGUGUCCCCCGAAUUUCAUUACAAAUCAGUACAUCCAUUUAUAACACACUGUUUACUCAGUACCCAACUUGGAAGAAAUAUCUACCGCCAAACUUUUAGUGGUGUUUUCAGGGCUGUAUGCUGAAUGUUUUGAUACGAUAAGUCUAGCUUUCCUAAUGUUAUUUUACCCUCCGUCCUUCCGAAGAUAAUUUGUACGACAGUAUUCAGUCCAACGGCACGACGGACAGAAGAACUUCUCAUAUCAUGUAUCUGGAUGCCAGAGGGUGAAGAGCAGGUGAUGUAAAGCUUCUCAUCGCCACAAUAUGCACCGCCGCCCAGAAUAAAUCCUAAACGUCUCCUCGCUGUCUCAUGAACUGAGAGCACAUCACGCUACUGAUGGUGUAAUUUCUCAGAAUGAGGAUGUUAAGCUACGCUACCACCAUAGUCCAAUUCCAGAGCAGUAGGCUAUUUGUUUUGUUUUUUUUUUAAUUCCAGUCGUCGAUCACAAAAAAUAGUCAUCAGACUAUCGGUUUUUGCCCAGAGUGACCAUCUUCAGGUCUGAAGAGACUAGCAGAUUACCAUAUUAUCCUAAUACGAUUAAGCCGAAGUGGCAUGGUCAAAAGAUACAAACCAAAUUAGCUUGGCAUCAUUGAACAAAUAUAAUAGUGUAGUAUAAACCACACUACAAUGACGGAAGAAUCAUAAUGCGAACGGUGCUGUUGUUCACAUCAUUUUAGGAUAGUACAAAGCUUCUCUGUUUUAAUCAGAUCGUCAUUAUGGACCGAAAUCCAUAGUCCGAUGAUAUAUUUUUGUGAUCGUCAAGUAGAAUAAAAAAAAAUUCUGUACUUUCGCAAUCACUGGCUUUAAUCACGACCAAGUCGCACCUUCUGAGGCCAGUGCGCUACAUUCCGCUUCUAGGUUCUUCCUCCUCCUUCUUCCCUUCAUCAUCGCCAUUGACAAUGCUAGAAGAUGCACCUGUAACAUUCAUCAGUGCUCAAACGGCUAUUCAUAAGACGUAGCACUCCAAACUUUAACGAAGAACAAGUGCCAUUCACUCGAAGAAGCAAACCUUUCUCGAUCAAAUGGCUAAAACUGUCCUUCAGGAUCUCUGUGCCGCAAUAAUAUGACACGACUUUACAUUUUGUCGAGUAGUUUCAUCAUAAGGCGUUGGAUAAAUAAUAUCUUUAUGACUGCGACAGCUGGAGCUCGACAUCAAAACAUAAAUCAACCUUUCAUUUCAAGUUCUGACAACAGAAACUUCAUGGACCUACAUACCGAUAACCAAGCCCACAAAAUAGAAAUUACUCGACAGUUGCAAAAGCUGCUAAAUAUGGCGCCCACACUUCUCUUAGAAUGCCGUUCAGUAUCUGCCCUGUCAUUCUGUGGAUAAUUUUGCUACUGAUAUGGAAGAAAGUCUUGUCCACUUUUCCAUCGGAUAGUAAUUGAUAUGUGUAUAAGCUACCAGUGAUCCAAUCCAGUGUUUCUCUACCUGUUACAAAAUGUAACACUACAGCAUUCAAAGUCCUUCAACAAAUAUAACAUGUAGUUUAUGAACGGAAGUAGAACUAUAAGUUUUUUGCACUAUAUAUGUGACUGAUGUACUAUACACCGAAAGUUACAAGGGAAUAUUCAAAGAAAUCCCCACUGUCUAAGAAGGUUUCGUGGAUGUACGUUAGACCUUAAACUCUACUGUUGGAGAAUGUCCUUGUAUUGUUUCUAUAACUCAUCAAUAAUUAGUCAAACAUUUUUGUUGGAGGAUUGCUGUCAAGCUUCAAAACUUUUCAUGCACCUGUAAUUAACACCAAAGUGGUUUAUACAUGUUCCAGUCUGUCUAUAAGCUUUUUCAACAGCAGUGAUUGGGUUUAGAAAUAAACCAAUCCGGGAUGUCCAAAACGUAGUAGUUAUUCUAAAUGGGUACAGGGAUUUAUGUGAAACCAAAAAUUACGCACUUUACCUCACCUAUAGACUCACAGAUUUUGCCCAUUCCUUCCAAUACUCCUCAUUGCAGAUAUGAGGUUUUUUUCAUUGUUUACAUCUCGUGUACCAUGAAUUUUUAUAUAUCGAUACUUUAAGGCAGUUUUGCUUCAUAAUACAAUUCAUACCACCCUCAUUGCUUAAUAGAUCUUAGUACCUCUGAUGAAAACAGUACUCAGUGUAACAAAACUGUGUGUUGGAGGUCAUGACAAGUACCAAAGUGCAUCAUCUUCAAUAUUUCGUCAGACUACCAUUUUUCUCAUACCUUUUACAGUGAAGUAAUUUAUCAAUGUAAUAUUUAUGUAUCAAUUACCAUUCGUGUAUCAUUACAUUUUUUUGUGUUUCUCAUGCAACAUUUAAGCACUAAAUCAAAAAGUACAAGCCACCUUUAUAUAUGCAUAAUGCAUACACUGCUAAUCAUUUAAUAACAUUUGAGUAUUUAUUUAUUUUAUAAUAAUGUAUCUGGUUGUCAUCACCAAUAAAUAUCUAAUAUUCCUAAAAAUA